UGCAUCCAUAUCGACGACUGCCGAGUCCUCACAGGAAAGACGAUGAAUUGAUGGAUCGCGCUUAACGGGACUCGACGAGAUUGGGUGAUUUUCACAGCAGCAUCGCAAUCGGCCCUCUCCGUUCCGGAGAGACCGCUAAACGACGGAACACGAGCAGCUGCACGGUUAACCUUCAUCUGGAGUAAACAGUGGGAGAAAAAAUGUCUUCUCCAGCUCUCAAAGUGGUGACCGGACUCAGAGCUAUAGCCAGCCGGAGCACUCGAUGUGUCAGCUCUCUGACACCGACGAAAAGCGAAGUAGAAACUCACACUGGUCAGAAAUAUGAUAAGGAGGACUUCAGAAAUGUUCGGUUCGUCGGAAGACCGAAGCAAGUGAAUCCGAACCAUGCGAUCAAACUGAUUGCUGAAGUGCCUCCAAUCGAGGUCGAGAGUCGGAAAACUUUCUGCAACGGAGGCGAUGGCGCCCUCGGACACCCGAAGGUCUUCAUCAAUCUGGAUAAACCUGGCACCCAGUCGUGUCUGUAUUGCGGUUUGCGCUAUGUGCAGAAGCAUCAUGACCAUUGACGAGGAUCUGGGGAACCUGUCUAGUUAGCCGUUGUUUAUGCUCGAGGAGAAGUUCUCAUCGAAUAAAGCUUUGUUUCCAUCUCAAGUCCUCGUACGGGACUACCUAGAGAAAUGCU